GAUAUUGCUGAUUGUUGCAUUACGUCGAUGUCCUCAUUUGAGGGCAAAAGAAUAAUAAUCUGAGACAGAUCGGUCGCUCGGACCUCCGAGGGUUCCCGGCAACCCUGCCUGGUCCCCCAACGGAGAAAGCGAUUAACGUGAGCACUGCAGAUGUAUGAAAAGCAGGCCUUCUGGAGUUGAAGUCGCGUUUGACAGUACACACAUUCGCUCGCUCACUCUCAGAUUCCACUAUACGCAACCAAUCUCGCCAUCAUGCCUCACGCCCUCACGUCGCGCGAUUCGACCAUGGAGUCGAAGCCAGUGGGAUCUUAUCCCAACACUGGUAUCGAUGUUCUGAUUGUUGGGACCGGCCUCGCUGGGCUGGUCGCUGCCCUCGAGUGCACGCGCAAAGGCCACAAUGUACGGGUCUUGGAAAGGAACGCAGACAUCAACACAGCUGGCGACAUGUAUUUCAUGGGGCUCAGCGCAACCCGUUUUCUCAAGCACUGGCCUGAGCUUCUCAAGGAAUACAAGAGAAUCUCGCUUCACAAUGCAUGGAUUGAGACGUUCAAGCACUCAGGCGAGGUCGUUAUCGGGCCCAAGAAGGUCGCAGACCGUCUGCGCGCCCAGGGACUGGACCCUGAUACGCCCCCUGGCGAGUUCCAGAUGCGCCCGCUGGUAUACAAGAUGUUUGUGAGCGCGGUCGAGAACCUUGGCGUCGCGGUAGAAUUCAAUAGCAGGGUAAUUGAUUACUUUGAGGAUGAAGAGACUGGCAAGGGUGGCUGCGUCACCGAUGAUGGCAGGCGCUACGAGGCCGAUGUCGUGAUUGCAGCUGAUGGUGUGGGCUCUAAGAGUCAGAAGUUGGUGGGAGGACAGGUGCGCGCGAGACCCUCUGGCAGGGCCAUGUGGCGUGCUGCUUUUCCUAGGGAAGCCCUGGCCAAGGACCCUGAAGUUGAGGAGUUUUUUAAAAUGAUGCCCGGCAAUGAGCCCAUUGUGCGGACAUGGCUGGGUCCAUCCACUUACGCCCUUACCCUGUCUCGCGAGGAUGUCAUGGUCUGGAUCAUGAACCACGAUGUGACUGGUACCGAAAAGGAAAACUGGAGCAACACAAUCGACAAGCAAGAGGUGCUCGACGGCAUGGACUCAAUGCCCGGUAUGGAAACAAUCAAGUGGGCGCCCAUCUUCAAGCAGCUCGUCGACGUAACUCCUCCCAACACCAUUGUCAACUUUGAGCUGCUCUGGCGCAAUCCCCAGCCCAGCUGGACAUCGCCUGGUGCGCGAGUCAUUCAGAUUGGCGACGCCGCACACUCUUACCUCCCCGCCUCUGGCAACGGCGCAACACAAGCAAUCGAGGAUGCCAUUUCGAUCGCCUCAUGCCUGCAGAUUGGCGGCAAGGACAACAUCCCCCAGUCUGUGCGCGUGCACAUUCGAUUCCGCUUCAUUCGCAAUGCGUGCGCGCAAAAACUCGGCUUCUCCAAUGCCGAGCUGCUCCAGGACACCGACUGGGACAAGGUCAAGAUCGACCCCCGGCGUGCAGCCCCCAAACUGCCCAAGUGGGUGUGGUCCCAUGACCCGGAAGCCUAUGCGUAUGAAAACUACGAUAAGAGCGCCCAGUCCCUCAGCCAAGGCAUCGACAUGAGGGAUGAAGACAAGUUUGAACCCAAUUAUCCAAAGGGCUACAAGUAUGAGCCCUGGAGCAUCGAGAAGAUUAUGGAUGACAUGAGAACUGGCAAUGCUAUUGAUCUUGGUCCUGGUGACUGGGAGUAAGUAGUAUGCCAAAUGGUGUUCUCCAGAGACGUUGUCAGGUGCAAGGGAGGACAGACGGACGCAUAGCCGCAGACGGUGCUGGUUCGUCUUUGUGCUUGUUGAAGUCUUUUUGGUUUCACUUUUUUCUUUUACCUUUUUCUAGACCAGCUAUGUCC